AUGGAACUAAAAGCUGCAGGGGAGAAAAGACUAUUACAGCUGAAUGAGCUAGAUGAGUUUCGGAACGAAGCCUAUGAAAACGCAAAGAUAUACAAGGAGAGAACUAAAAAGUGGCACGAUCAAGGUCUAAUACGGAAAGAGUUUCAACCAUGGCAGCAAGUGUUACUCUUUAAUUCAAGGCUGAAAUUGUUUCCUGGAAAGUUGAAAUCAAGGUGGUCGGGACCAUUCACGGUGGUCAAGGUGUUUCCUUAUGGAGCGGUGGAGUUAAAAGGUGAAAGUCCAACAACUUUCAAGGUUAAUGGACAUCGUUUAAAGCUCUACUUAGGAGGUCAGUUUGACCAAGCCAAGUCCGCCAUGAUCUUGGCACCACUUUGA